GUACUGCUGCACACGCGGGCAAACUCCAGCAACCUUCCGGGGCACACCCGUACUCUACCGCGGGUCCUGUCCACCCUUGCUACUCUCACUCUCUCUCCCCCCGCUCUCUAGUCGUCGCUACCCGCGGACGACCUCAUCAGUUCACAGAGUGCCUGCCAGACAAUGUCUGCAAGCGAAGUGGGAGGAGCAGGCCCCGAGGCGGCCGCUGUUCCCGCUGGGGACGAUGGGAGCGAAACGCCGCAGCAGCAGCAGACGGAAGAGCAGCUGUCGGCGCUCAGGGAGAACCUCGCCAGGAAGGGCAAGAACAGCUACUACUACGCCCACGACAGGGUAAUGGAUACUCCUUCGUGGGAUGGGAGAUCGGCCCCUCGCCGCUUGGCCACCACGAGCGCGACCAAGCCAGCGCCAAAGAAGGCGGAGAAGGUGACCGACUACGCCUGGGCCAACGAGAAGGCCAAGGUUAAGAUCUACGUCCCCCUUGAGGGCUGCGCAGACAUCGAAGACGACAGCAUCAGCUUGAAGUGGGAGGCGAGCUGCCUCGACCUGGAGGUAACGCUUCCUUCCGGAGUGGCUCGUAGACUGCACAUCCCAUCGCUCCACGAUGACAUCACGGGUGCCACGUUCCGGAAGAAGAAGAGCAAGAUGAUCGUGACCCUCGUCAAGAAGGACGAGGUCACAUGGUACGAUCUCACCUCCACCAACAGCCGAUGACACAAGACACCAGGGGGGUCCGGUGGUUGAUUACAAACGCCUCCUACUAUCGAUUGUCGGGGGGCGUGAUAUGAAAGCGGCAACAAUCAUGUGUUGACGUUUCAGGAUGUUCUUAUUGGAGCAUUUGCGGUCGCGGGCGUUUGUAGUUUUUGCGCGGGCGUUCGCUUGUUCGCGGGACUCCAUGACCCUGCUUGCAUGCGUUCGUUAUGCGUUCGGGUGCCAUGCGCGGGGUGGGUGGUGUUUUGCUUGGCAAUUUUGGAGGGCUGUGUCGCCGAGGAGGUGUGUGUUUUACCCUCCUUGACAUUUGUCGAGUAGAGGUGUAUCGGCGGGCCUCGAAACGAAAAAGCCUGUCUGUUUUUCGGCCCGUUGCGUCCACAGCGCUCGCUGUUGGCGGAGAGGAAGUGGGCGGAUGCAUAGCUAGUCUUCGCUUGCUGCGGUUGUCAGCCGGGUGUGACAGCCACGUGUUUUAGUGUACUCUAGGCUGAGUGCGGUUCAAGUAGUACCCUCGUAAAAUGUUACGUACUACCUGGUAGUUUCUCGUAGGAUCGAGGGUUGAAGCCUCUCCGUUGCGGUGGUUAGAAAGGACAUUGUCGUGAAAGCGAGGCGGAGCUGCUGAGUCCUUCUCCCGUUGAAUGAUUGAAGGCAGAAGCCACGGGAGGAAGGGCAGUCUCUUCCUGUGUGACCCCGGCUGGUCCUCCACAGAUGCACGAAAAGGUGUGCAUCCUGCCGUUCAGAAGGGAUGAGACGAAGCAAUAACGACUGAAGCAGUGCGAUGCAAACGUAUGAUUUUGGCGGGCCGGCUACAGCAGUACAUUAGAAAUGCUUUUGGCCUCGUCGUAUUCCGAGAAUUCCAUCGUUCUGACAGUUGACGGGGGAUAUUGACGCCAAUCCACGUUGAAUAGGGGCAUCGUGUCGAGAAGGAACCUCCCAGCUCAGCUGACGCUGCAUCUUAGCAAAGCGGCCGCCGUUACAGCGUGGGGCUCGCCGUCACUUUCCCUGUUUUCAUCAUUGGAAGCCUUUGAUGCGCAUCGCCAGCCGACCCCAGACACCGCUCUACUUCAUCAUGUAGAAGAGCCACACGCACAUUACACUUGCACCAACACGUUUCAUUCAGACCAUGCACGAAUACAACACCGAAGGAUUCAUACCAGUCUCUUGUUGAGCCCUUGCGAGCCGGCUUGCCAAGGCCGUCGCCCAAGAAAUCCACACUUUUCGCAUGGGCGCAACAUUCGACCCUGUCUGCCCCGAAAACUCCUAACUAGUGUACAGUGGUAGUGUAUGCUACACGUUCGCUUCUUCCACAUCUGGCACUACUGUACACGUGACCAUACUUUUCUGUCUUGCAUUUUUCAGUGACUAGACGCGCUACACCACCCACCACCUACCGCACAAUAUUAGCCAUACCAUCAUCACCUUUCUUUCUUGUUCUUUAGACCCCCGCCCCUGAGCAAGCCCACAGCAAUAUCAAACUACAGAUUUUGUAGACUAAUCAUCUUGCGAUGAACUCCGCGAAAGGAAAGAAUUCUUCAAGUGUGUACCAUUAUACAUAUUAGGGCUUUGUGGUCGGUCACCCUUCACGGGAAAACACGCACGCACCAAUACACACAGAGAAGCGUUGAGCCUUUACCUUGACGUCAAGUCGUCGCUGGAAGGCCAACCACUACCGCGAUCAAGGGGGGCGCGAAACGAAGUGAACAUUCUUCGUUCACGAUAAAAGCUAGACUAAAUUUCCAACAUGUUUCCACAUCACUUUUCCACAUCAACCUAUUUCUUCGAUAUCAAUAAAUGUACAUGUGUAUGUAUGUCGUCACAUCCCACCCACCUAUGCGUACUUGACAUCAAACCGAACACAUACGUUUUUUUACUCUGAAUUCCAUGGAACCCUGUGCCAACCACGAACCCGGUGCCUGGAGGCUAACACUCUGUGACCGUGCGUGCAUCACGGCCUUAUUCAGGCUUCGAAAGUUCAGCUGCCGCUUCUUGUACUCACAGCAGAUCGCAAGAAUUCAUUGGCCUUUGUUCCUGAAACAACUCUUCUCAGCUAAGCACGUCCCACGAUAAAGACAGGGGGCGGAAGAAAACAUCGCCGUUUUCCGAAUU